AUGAUCAACUCGUUGCUACAUUCAAGGAAAACAGUCUCACCUCAAUCGGGUGAGGUGUCGCCACCUCCACAACUAGGUCAAGCCACCGAUCUAACUGGCUUUGAGUUCCCUGACUCCUCGAGUCUCUUGAACGACCGCUUCAAUAAGUACCUCCAGUUGAUUAAAACGUUGCAAAUCUACACCGAAACACAGUUGAAGAUUGCCUACGAUUCAAUGAAACACUAUGAAGGAUUGAACAAACAGGCUGUUUCCUCAAUGCCCAAUUUUGAAACAAACGCCGGUGGUGCAGAUUCCACAUUAGUGAGUGGAUCACAGAAAAUUGGCCAGGAAAACGUUUCUGAAGGAAAUGACGGCAAUUCUCCAACACAGAUUGACUUGAACAACUUUUUGUCUAUAAUGCGUAGAACAUUUGGUAAUGACUUAUCCAAUACUACAACUUACCACAACAAGUUGCAGAUGAUAUUGCCCAAGUUGAAGUCAUUGGGUGAGCAGGUUGAGAAAAACCAAAAGGAAUUUGUACAAACUGCUAAUAUUGAGCAAAAAGAUAUCACUGUUUUAAGAGAACACUCUAAUAAAUCAUUGCAUCAAUUGAGCAACUCUGUACAGGAUUUCAAAACUUCAAAAGAUGCUGACUACAAGAAGGACCCAUACUUGGUGAAGCGGAACUUGUUGAAAGAUGCCACCUUGCAAUUGAGCAGUGAAAAUAACAGAAUUGAGUUUCUCAUCAACACGGAAAACCAAAUGCAUGCAACAGAGACAAAGAUCCUGGUGGAUUUGAAGAACAUAUUCAACCAACUGUCCGAACUUGUCAAUUCACAGUACACACAACUGGCUCAAAAUUCAAUUUAUCUGAACACCAACUUUGACAAGGUUUCCGAGGAUUUGGAAUGGAACAACUUUUUGACUAAAAACAGCAAAUUCUUGCUAACUUCUCCAACAAACUUCAAUACUGAUGGCAGUCUCAAUGAAGGUAUGUCCGAAUUAUCGAUUUCAAAUACCCAAUCCACUUUAGGUGCCAAAAAUAGUCCUUUUAUGAGAUCUAUUGAUCAGGUGACUUUCCCUAAUUAUGAUAAUCCUGUAACUAGGCCUCUGAUUGAGGGUGUCCUACAAAAGAAGGAGAAAACCUUGGGUUUGAUCUCUGGCGGCUAUAAGUCACGCUACUAUGCCAUUUCACCAAAGGGCUUCUUUUACGAAUUCCCAGCAAGAGACGUUGAUGCAACCACUCCGACAUUGGCGUUGUAUUUGCCAGACUGUGAAGUCAAGGGCGGAGUUCAAAGAGGCAAUUUCAAGUUUUCCAUUCGUGGUAAAGACCACAGCAAUCUUGCUCCAUCAAUAAGGAAACGUUAUGUUUUCCAGGCAAGCUCUGAUGGUGACUACAACCAAUGGUGGAGUAUCAUUUCUCAGUUUGUCAACUCCACAAGCGGCGUUAUAUCCAGCGAUGGCUCUGAUGUUGAAUAA